UUUCUCCUACUAGUUCGCACUUUGUUUCCCAUAUGUUCUACCAAACAAACUCCUUUUUCUUCUUACUCCAUCUAAUCUUCUCUUCCAACGUUUUUUCUUGACACUAUUUUCAGUUUAGUGUCACUUCUUGGAACAAGUAGUAAGCCAGUGAAUCCAAGAUUUAUAUAUUUCCCUUUUAAAACAAGAUCAUAUUAUAAAGUUCUUGGGUCUUUUCCAAUGAACUUCAUGCUGAUAUUUAUUGUCAUAUUGACCCUUCAGUCAAUCACUACUUAUUCUCUUCCUUUUGUUGUCUUUCAUGGAAUAUCAGAUAAAUGCAGCAAUGAUGGAGUCAGCUAUUUCACUGAGCUUCUAAGCAACUGGUCUGGCUCUCCAGGAUAUUGCAUAGAAAUAGGUAAUGGAGCGUGGGACUCCUGGUUUAUGCCUUUCACCAAGCAGGUACACAUUGCCUGUGAUAAGGUGAAGGAAAUAGAUGAGCUUAGUGAGGGUUACCACAUAAUCGGUCUCUCCCAGGGAAACAUGGUUGGCAGAGGGCUUGUUGAGUUCUGCAGUGAUGGACCUCCUGUGAAAAAUCUUAUAUCUUUGGCUGGUCCUCAUGCUGGGAUAGCUUCUGUUCCUUUCUGUGGUCAGUCAGGUUUAUUGUGCAUUCUAGCUGACUCUUUGCUCAAGUUAGCCAUUUACAGCAAUUUUGUUCAGGAACAUCUUGCUCCUGCAGGUUACAUUAAAAUCCCAACUGACAUAGCUGACUACAGAAAAGGAUGUAAGUUCUUACCAGUAGUUAACAAUGAGGUACAUGGAAAUUCUACUUUCAAGAAACGGUUUGCAAGCUUGGAAAAUUUAGUACUUAUUAUGUUUGAGAAAGAUGAAAUUUUGGUACCAAAGCAAACCUCCUGGUUUGGGUAUUAUCCUGAUGGUUCCUGGAGCACUGUUUUGCCUGCUAAUGAGACAAAGCUCUAUAUAGAAGAUUGGAUUGGUCUGAAAAUCUUGGAUGAAGCUGGAAAAGUGAAGUUCUUGAAUGUAUCUGGAAGUCAUCUUGAAAUAUCUACUAGUGAAAUGAAGAAGAACAUACUACCAUAUUUGGUAGAUAAUGCAUCCACUACAGUAACUACAUCAAGAUCAUCUGAUAUAUGGCAUUUCAACGAUGAAUUGAAUGGUGUUGUAGAAGAAAUUCUCCAGCUGAACACUCAUGUUGAAACAGUUAGGUUAAGAUCAUGGCCAUUUUGGUAUGGGAAAAGGUAAACAAUGAAGAAAAUCCAAGAUCAGGCUUUUGCCUUCAGCUCAUUCCACGACCUGAUUUUUUCCCUUUGUGUAUGUCAUUUUUAUCUCUACUAUUCAUUGUAUAACAACAUGAAAUGUGUUUGCUAGCUCCAAAUUGUGGUAUGAGAAGAGGCAAGGCUAGCUACUACAUAUAAGUUUUCUACAAAAAUUCUAAUCUUAACUGAUGUAACUUUCUUGCUGUUUUAACCUUGCA